AUGGCUCCGCGGAAAGUCUCCGAAAAAACACGCCCUGAGGACCCACCCAAAAAGCGCCAAAAAGUCGGCUCAUCUGAGUCAUCCAAAGAAAACCAGGCCCUGGUAGCUGCCGAGCCGGGCCAGGAGGCGCUGGUGUCGCGAGGGGGCGGCCGCGGCUUGAAGGCCGUGCAGAAUGCUCGGGAGCAGUCGUCGACGGUUUCAGGCCCUGAUGGCACCCACACGGAGAGCAAGAAGUCCGUAAAGGAGCAGAGGCUUUUCCGAGCGCACAACAAUGCCCAUGUGGAAACCAAGGUGAUGUCUGAGCAGAAGCGAAAGACAACAAAGAAGGACGGCACUGUGGUCGUCACAGAGAGCAAGAGCAUCAGGUUUGCUAUCUCUGAGCAGCAGAGUUCCGCGGAAGCCGAGACCUGCAGUUCACUGACGGCGGUGUGGAGCCCGGCACAGGAGGGCCUGAUAAGGAUCUACUGGUCUGGGGAGAAGAAGGGGACGGGGAAGGCCUUGCCAAAGGACAUUGCGCAGUGCUUGUGUCCUCCGCCACCCUUGGCCGGAGCCGAGGUGACGCCGAAGCACCAGCGCGGUGCUGACGACGUCACGCCGGAGCGUGUGCUCCAGCGCAUCUCCGGUCUCAUGACCGAGAUGACCGCGAUGGAAACCUCACUGGAGAAUCUGCGUGAGCAGAUGGAAAAGGAGGAGGCACAAGAUCUUGACCUUGAGCCCUUGCUGGAGUUAGAAGAAGAGGACGAAGGAGCCGCGCUCGCGUCUGCGCAGCCGCCUUCCUGCAUCUUUAUCUUGGCUGGAAGCUCGCAAGGGGCGGCCGAGCAUACCGAUGCAAAGCCGCAGCCAGUGUUUGCACAUCUCAAGCGGUGCGUGCUUGUAAUUUGUUUGACCCGCACUCCUUUUCGCUGGAGGUUAAGAGCAGCUCAGCCGAUGUCUUGUGAUGCUCCGGACUAUCGACUUCCCAGCAAGGCCAAGAUGGCACGGCGCCGACGCCCGCAAAAAGAAGGUGCCCCCGAAAAGAGGAGGAGCCUUCUGAGGCAAAAACCUGCCUCCUUGGGUUUCCUGGCGCACGGUGGUCCCGGUGAGAGGCAAAUGAGAGAGCAAAUGCUCCAGAUGCGGGCAGAAGCAGCUGCUGCCGCAUCGGCGAGUCGACAGGCUCUUGCCCGAGGGCCUCGUCCCACACUGGAAGAAGAGGCGAGGCUUGAAGCCGGAAGCAUACAUGACUACACCAAGCAGGCAAUAGAGGAAGCGGGUGACUCCAGCACCGUCUCGUGCUGGAGCGGGGAUGACCGGUCCAGCGAAGUGGUUAUGGAGCAUGGGCAUGGCACAGAUGACGAUACUCUCGGCGUGAGCUCCCCCGUCUCCGAGUUCGACUUCGAGGCGACAUGCGUUGCGCAGCAUCCGUGGGAGGCAGGCGGCGCUGGGGUGGGAGUGCAGCGGAGAGGAAGCCAAUGGCCACUCCUAUCCGAACUUGAGAAGAUCGCGCAGCUUGCGCUGCACCGGCAUGACAUACAAAGUCGACCAGUGACGCUUCUCGGAGAGUCACCACAGUCACCACAGAUUUGCCUCACAGCACAGCUCCACCCGCGGCUGUUAGCUCUGAUAAAAGUCUGCUGUCGUGCUUUGCCUCCGGGCCCGAAAGGUUGCAACCAUGUCCUCCAACGUGAUGUCCGUUGCCGCAUUCCUCCACCUCCCCAUCCUCGGAGACCUUCGCCACCACCACCAGAUCACCACCCGGACUACUACCACUACCACUACCGGUGGUACUACUACCACUACUACCGGAUCUACUACCGCUUAGAUGUGGGAGCAAGAGCGUGGACUGGUCUUGGAGGAGGCAGUGGGUGCAUUCUGCACACUAGGGGCCGCCGUUGCAGCGACCGUCUGCGUGCGUCAGCCUCGACAGCCAUGUCCCUGGGCCACUUUGAAGCCUCACGCGAAGAGCUCGCUGGGCGCAUGGCCUCAAAGGAGGCAGGAGCCACGGAGCUUGGACGCCGACACAAGGUGCGGCUCGACCAGGGGAGUCGGGCCGAGGCCAAGCUUUUUGCCCUCCUCCAGCGCUUGUCGCCAUCGGAGCGGCAGUUCGCGCUGCAGAGCUUCAAUCAAGCUCAACGCCUGGCACUGGAGAGGUGGAUCUUGGCCAGGAGAGCCGGAGAAUCAUCGAGGGCCUCGCCAGCGAUGAGGAAUCGCAGCCCAGCAGGCCGUGCUUCAUGCCGCCCCUCCCAGAAGGGCAGGCAAGGCAAAUCUGGCAUGGCGGGGCUCCACCUCCACCGCCGGGGCCAGAAGCAGUACUACCGCGCAAGUGUCGUGGCUGGACCCUUUUGCUUGAAGACGGGUCUGACGCAGGGAGCCGACAAAGCACGUCGCUUCCUUGAGGCCUUGCUGCGGAUACGGGCUCGGGUUCUGGCAUCCUCGCUCCAGGAGCCCGCUUGCACGGAGCAAGGCCUGGAAGCCCUGGAGGUCGCCUUCCGGAGUGCCAUCCAGGAGGAAAUCACUGGCCUCGGCUCGGGAAGGCUCUAUUUCUAUGCCAACAUUCCGGCCAGCUACUGGGUUGGCCAG